AUGGCAGCUUUACGAAUAUUCUUGGAAAACCAGCUGGGGGAAGAAUUGCGUACCCUCGGCCGACGUCUUGAGCGUGCAGCGGCGGACGAGUGCGAGGAUCGUCGCUCUGCCCUGGACCUUGUGCUCAAAGAUGGGAAUAUUUCCAUCAACGGCAUCUCGACGCUACAAUUCCUACAGUCUGUUCUCGAUUAUACAAACAACGACCUACACAUAUGCGGUUGGCUCUUGAAUACACUAGAACUCGCCACUGUCCAAGACCUUGCCAUCACGUUGUUCCCUCGCUCAGAUCUUGUGAAGCUCGCUGCAUCAAGUAACGAGGCCGAGCGCUUGGAGCCGCAGACACUCCAGGACAUUUGCUCCAGAUUCUUUAACGAUCACCCAACCUUGGUCAUCCAAGUGCUGUUGCGCCGUGGACUGUUUACGCUGUCAACGACUCUGCAAAAGACGGCGUGGUUCAUGCUAUCAUGCCUUGAGCGAGACAACAUCGACAUCAAUGAUGAGCAGCUCAUUCAGAAGACCCUAUCCGCCCUGAGCCAAGGAGCUGCAGAGCUCCAACCGUCUAGGGACGACAUUCUCCUGGCCUUGGCUUUCGUCAAGUCUAUGCUUCUCCUGAGCCGAGUGGUCGAAGACCCAGAAGAUCUGCCUCGGCUACACAAAGCGGGCAUUGAAUCAGUCCGUCAGAUCACGCAACAGCUCAAGGGCAAGUUCGCCGAGCAGAUGGUGGCCGAGGGAAUGACAAAAGACAAUGCCCUGAAGGUGCACGACUGUGCCGAACGUGUGGAUUGUUGGAACGAGCAGCUCUGGCUCUCCAUUAUGCAGUCUAGUCGAGAUGAUUACAUGCCCAUCUCUACAGCGAAACCGAGCGCGCUCUCUGGUGGACAGCCUGAAGACCGCUCACUUCACAACCUGACGGACAUCUUCAAGCUAGAAGGGACGGACUGCGAAGAGUGCUGCUCGGUAACGGGCCUGUCGGCUUACUUGAGCGAUCUCCUGCUCCUACUCCGUAACACAACGUUCAUAGACAGGACACCCGAAGAUAUCUCCAGCGGGAACUCUGCCAAGAACUUACUGGAGAUGCUUUUCGAACGCAGGCCAGACAUCCGGAAGCUGCAGCUCACUUGUGCCAACUCCCAAACUCUGCUACCCUACAUCAGCCUGGUCAAUGAGGUGCUAGAGUCCUACAUCCGGUCCACUGCCACUUCGCCCAUAGCGCCAUCCGACAGGUUCGAGGACUCGGUUCGCGCAUACCAGACCCCGACAGGCUUCGAAGAGGGCCAAGGACCUGUUGGGGCAGCUUCUAGGAUUCAGUAUCGUCCAGCGAACAUCGAUUAUGAUGUUUACCAGAAGCUAGUGUCUAAAGCUACUUACCCUUUCACGUGUUUCCCCUUCGACUUGGCGCAUCAUAUCGAGGCCGCCGUCUUCGACACGUACGAGCUAGACUUUGUUCGUUUUCUGCGCAUAUUCCAGUCUCCUCACCGCCUGCGUGAUCUUGUCCCUGUCGAUCGUCGAGGAGCUGUGGAUCGAGAAGUCGGCCAAGCUCUUCUCAGCGGUGCCAAAGAGACGCUCAAGCGCCAGCUCGCUGCGGAGAUGCUUGGACUCCAGCAGGCAGAGUUCAGCACCAUCACGUCGGAAACGUACUUUCCGGCCAAGUUUGCGGAUCUCGUCAACGGACUAUCCCCGGUACCCCUGAGGAUCGAAAAGACAUGCCCUGUUGAUGCCGCUUCACUCUGGGGUUUCGACGACGAGGAGACCUUGCUCGACCCUCUGAAAGGCCUGUCUCUCAUCAAGAACCAGCUUAUGCUCAAAUCAGGGCUGGAAUUCGACGAGGUACUGCAGCUGGUCAAGACUCGGUGUUUCAGCCAGCACCUAAUCAUCGCCAAUGCCUCAGGAUCCUCGCGAUUCGACGCACUGGUCGAGGGUCUACUGCUCCUGUCCAACGCGGCUGCUCCUCCCUACCAGCCACUCACCGAAAAACUUGCAUUUGCUCUCCAGGCAUUCCUCCGGCUCCGGAGCAAAUUGUCCUGGUCAAUUGCCGACACAGAUGCUGCCAUCGUCGGGUUCCGUAAUCUUGAGCUGUCGAUGGUUGCAAACACGCGCAGGACAGAGAGGUCCGAUCUUCCCCCACCCAUUGAUCAGGCCGUGGUUGAGGAACCCGCUAGCAAGGAUCCAAGCAUCGAGGAAGAGCCGCUCUUGUUCGAUCCGACCGAGCCUACAGUUGCCAAUUCCGCAGAAGUCGUCAGCAUCACGCCCUAUGUGGUGAGUGGCAUUGCGGCGCUUUCACAGCUGCACAAGCUCUCUGCCAUUGAUGCUAGCGAGCUGCUCCCAAUCUGGACGUCAAUCAAUACUUUCGGCGAUAAGUCCCUGUUCCAUAGAAAGUUCAUGACGAAGCAGCUCCAACAGAUUGACGGCGUUUUUGACCCAUAUAUUAACGAACAAGCGACACCCCCGGCGGCCAAGUACCUGACUGUCAAGGGUACCGAGGAAGCCGUCGAGCUGCAUGCACUCGGUAUUUGUGCAGCUCUGAAAUGGCCGCUGGACUACUUCGACCAGCUCGUAGCUGCUGCCAGUUGCCGAGGCAAGACGCUCGACAUCGACGUCUUCUCCGCAUUGUACCGACAUGCCAUCAUCAGCCGCAUCCUCGCCGUGCCGCCCAAGAGCUCGGAAGUAUUCUUUGAGGUAUUCUAUGCUUGUAGCGGAGCGUCGGUUCUGAAGGAUCCGCUUCACACUGUUGCUGUCAUUGAAGAUUGGAAGCUCCUUCUCAACUCUGGCUGGACCAUCGACUCGUUGCUGAACACGCUCAGCAAGAAGAAGCGGGAGACGAACACCGAGACUCUGGCAACAAAAGAGGCUUCGCUCGAGGGCCUUCGGCUGGCGCUAGAAAUCGCCACGGGGGCCCAGAAUAUCGCACAGUCCAUUCCAUUCACUCUCCCUGGGGCCGUGCCGUCCGCUUCCGAUGUCGUCGAUUGUGCAUCCCGUGUUUUUGACGAGUCUACAGCGAAGGCAGUGGUGGACAUGAUAGAGAAUUCUGUGGCAAUACCGGACACCCUCCGCCAGAAACUUCCAGUGGUAAAGCGGAUUUCUGAUGCCAUUGCGCUGCCGGCCAAAAGCACGGCUUCUACGGGACUGGCCGCAACCACACCGCCGGCCAAGGUCUCCAGCGAUAGCAGCGCUCGCGGACCAACAGCAGAUGACGAUGAGAAAGCUGCGGCUAAAGCGGCUGACGAAGCCAGGCUGGCAGAGCAAGCCAGCCUUGAGGCGGCUAUGCAACGUCAUCGCCGAAGAACAGAAUUCAUCAACAUAGCCUCGCCCAUCAUCACCGAGUCCCUGCUCAAGACUUUUAUCGUCAACACAGUCAAGGCGAUAUUGCCGGAUGCAGAUCCAGUUGUUAUCCUUACUCUCUUGUCGGACAUCGUUACAGUGCCAGCAGCGGACGGCCAGUCCCAGCAGACGGCCAUGUCCGCCUUGCAGGAUCUCAAGCAGCCCUCCAAUGAUGGAGCUACGUCUGCGGAGCUGGAUGCCUACUUCCAAGCGCCCACGAGUGACAAUUAUACAUUGAUUUAUACUGGCUCGGCCGCAGAGGGCCAAGCGCUACCAGCCUUGUCGGUUGAGGGCAUCGACGUGCCAUACAACAACAGCACCAAGUCAUUCAGACCAUUCCGCCUGACUGGCGGUAAGUAUUUCCGCUUCAAGGCGAACUUCAGCGCAAAAGAUGUGACCUGGUCCACUUCCAAGUCCAAGUCAACGCCCUUCACCAACGACAUCCUCAAGUCGGUGACCAUUGCAAACCGGGCGGCCACAAUUAUCGCAGCGAUCAAGCGCGUCGCGGUCAUCUGCACGACAGCACAGCUGACGCCCGAAGAACUUCAGUACAUGACUCUCAAUCGCACCAAGGCGGGUCAGACACUGGUGGUUAAUUUCGAUGAUCUCAAACUGGCUGAGUUGGUGCAGCUGGUAAAGUUCCGCCGCCUUCGCCAGGCCGCCACCGGCAAUAUCGGAAGUCUCGCUAGACUGGUCGACUGGCUUGGCUCAACGACUUCGUCCACGCUCGAGGUCAUUGCAGCCGAGCUCUCAGAUGCGACCGGGUGGAAAAAGGCCCGCACUCUGGAAGCCCUGGAGGUCAAUUUCUCUGGUUGGUUGCCUCUAGACGUCAUGUCAAACCUGAGGAGCUUCGAGGGGUUUUUGAAGUUUGCCGACAUCAUGUCGUUCUAUGACGAGCUCCAAAACGCGAGCGCGGGAGGGUCUCUGCCAAACAUGUCUGUGUUGUUCAGUCUGGCCCAGCCUAGGACAACGUUGUCCUCUAGCAAAGACGACUAUGCUCGAGCGACGGCAAUACAAGAAGGCCUCACACCAUCCCAAAAGACGGAUAUAGAUGUUGUCUUGACCCAGAAGCGGCGGAGAGUCCUGGUUGAGUACCUCUUGCAGCAAGAGAAGGUGCGGGACGAGCUCGGCAUAGUGAAUGCCGAUGGCCUAUUUGAGCAUUUCCUCAUUGAUGUCCAGAUGGGGCCGCAGCUGCGUACAUCGCGGGUGAAGCAGGCCAUCUCCGUGGUGCAGCUCUUUGUGCAGCGGUGCUUCCUGGGCAUGGAAGCCGGCAUCGCCAAGGAUAUGCUCCCUCGCGAGAAAUGGACGUGGAUGCAGCACUACACGCUGUGGGAAGCGCACCGCAAGAUGUUCUUGUACCCCGAGAACUGGCUCGAGCCAUCGCUUCGCGACGACAAGAGCCAGCUGUUUCAGAAGUUGGAGACGACGCUCAUGCAAAAGGACCUUAGUGUUGGUACCUUCCUGCGAGCUGUCCAGGACUACGCUUACGACCUGAACGGCAUAUCCAGCCUGGACAUUGUCUCGUAUCUCCACGAACCGCAUCCAAAGGCCGAGGAUGUCUUUCAUCUGUUUGGUAGAACCCGCUCGGCACCACACACGUUCUACUACAGGACACUGACAAUCUACCACUCCGACGGCGCCGUUUUCUGGAAACCGUGGACAAAGAUGGAGAUCGACUUGCCCUCGGUCGAGAACGACUGGAACUCGGCCCGUCUGCAGGAAAGCGGAGCGUAUCUGGUGCCUAUCUCCCAAGACGGCAGGCUGUACAUCUUCUUCCCCCAAGUAGUCGUCAAGACGGUCAACACUACCCAAGAGUCGAACCUGGCCGCCGGCAAAAGCACCCCGACAUGGACACAGAUGGGCGAUGCCGUACCAGCUGCCCAAGAGCCUCGAACACAGUGGGAGAUCACAAUGGCUUGGAGCGAGCUUGUCAGAGGCACGUGGACCCCGAAACGAAUCUCGCCCGGCAGCCUGUCGGUCGACAUACCCAGGCCGCCCGCCCCAGCAGGGAAGCUUUUGGAGCUGCCUCCACGAGGCUCUCUACCCUCUGCCUGGCAGUUUCGCCUGGAUCCGAUUUUCGAGACCAAUCGUGUCAGGCUUGUGCUGAGUCACGCACCUGAGUCGCAGCAGAAGGGACAGGUGGUUGGUUGCUUUGACUUUUCUACGGAUCAGGUCACCGCCUGCCAGGAUGCGAGAAUCGCCGUGCCCUCGAAUGGGUUUUGCACCUAUUUCGACAAGGUCGCCGGAGACAAAUCCACUCUGUUUGUGCCUGGCGUGGAGGACAAGAAAACGGCUCCCUUAGUCUGGCUGCCGAAGAAUAUCCAACAGCCCAAGUCAGAUAUCAAGUGGACGCUGUCCAAGACGCCAAAAAGAGUCACCGGCCUGGUUCUCAACGUGAAGCAAGAAGACGGCUCCAGCGUCAGCUACUUCAACGUGCCACAGAAGGAGUUGCUGUCCACGGCUUGGACACAGGAAUUGAUCGACAACAGGAUGGCGCUUACGUCCAUGGAUCAUCCCUUCUCGCAAAGCCUCAUGCAGGCCGCCGUGGACCGAGCCGACCCUCUCGUGAGCAUUUACAACACCAUGGCGGCCACCACGCCGGGGCAGCUGGCCGACAGUUUCGGCCUGGUUGGUGGUGAUGCCUUCUACCACGAGCUCGCGAGCCCGUGUGCGCUUUACAACUGGGAGCUUGGCGUCCACGCGGUGAUGCUCGCGACCGAUCGCUUCCUUGCCACUCAGCAAUUCGACGACGCCCUGCAGAUUGCCCGACUCCUCUUCGACCCGACUGUCGACACGAAGAUGCGACGAGCUGAUGCCGCCAAGCCGGGCAAAGAGAAGGUGGCUGAAUCACCCUGGCGGUUCCCCCCUUUCCAAGACAUCAGCGAGAAGAUUGGUAAAUCUGGUGAACGGGGCCCUGAUUUGACGAAGCUAGCGGCAGAGAUUGAACUCGCCAUCAAGGAACGCCGCUCGUUCGGCCAGCUGGUCCACGCCGCAGCCCGCGGCCGGCCACAGGUCUACAUGAAAUGGAUUGUCAUGAAGUACGCCGAGAUCCUCCUGGCAGCCGGAGAUCAGUACUUCCGCCAGGGAACACUCGAGAGUCUACCGCUGGCCAUCCAGCGCUACACUGAGGCCGCUCACGUCCUUGGCCCUGAGCCGAUCAAGGGCCUCAAGCUGGGACGCAAGGCCCCCAAGUGCUUCGAGGAUGUCAUCAAGGACGAGGUCAAAGUCCAUUUGUCCCUCCCGUUCUCCGCACAGUUGAAGAGGAUCAAAGGCUCCGCGUCGACGCAGGAGCUCGACGCACGGAAAGAAGCUCUGCGGUCCUUCAUCAUGACUCCCUACUUCUGCGUGCCCCUGAACCCCAAGUUCAAGAAGCUGCGAAGCCAGGUGCACGAGCGCCUCUACAACAUACGCAACUCGCUAGACAUCAACGGAAAGCCCGUCGAGUACGCCCUGCGAGAGCCCCCCAUCGACCCAGCCGCCCUUGUAGCUUCCGGCGCGGGGGUCGGCGGCUCGGCUGGCGUCAUCGCCGCUGCGGCCAUCGGUGCCCAGAACGGGCCGCUCCCACGAUACCGCUUCGAGAUGCGACUGCAAAAGGCGCUCGAACUUUGCAGCGAGCUGCGCUCCAUGGCUGAGCGGAUCAUGACGGCGGUGGAGAAGAAGGAAGCCGACGAGUUCAGCGCCAUGCGUGCACGCAACGCCACCGUCAUCCAAACACUGAUGCUUGACAUGAAGCGAACGUCGCUCAAGGAAGCGCAGCAGACGAUCGACUCGCUGCAGCUCUCGAGAGAUGCGCAGGCCGCCCAGCUGUCGUUCUACCUGGCCUCCAUGGGGGAGAAGACAUCUGAGGGCCCCAGAGCCUACCAGGACUGGGUCGACCUAGAGCAGGACAUCGGACCCAUCACCCAGGACGACCUGCGCAUGUCGGCGUACGAGAAGGUCGAGAUGGACUUGGCCGACGCCGCGGCGGCCCUCAACGUGAUCGCGGCAGGCAUUGACAUGACAGCCUCGAUGUUCGCAUGGCUGCCCAACAUCUCUGGCAAUGUGGCGCCUUUUGGUAUCGGCUGCAGCGUCGCAGCGGGCGGCUCUCUGAUCGCGGGUGCGAUCCAGAUCGAAGCCCAGGCUAUGAAGAUGGGCGCGAUGCUGGUGGGCGAGGUGAGCAGCGCGGCCGGGCGAAAAGGCCGCAUGGUCAAGCAGCUCCAGGAGAGGCGGCUGCAGGCCAACAUGCGCGGCCGCGAGAUCCGGGUCUCGGACCAGCAGAUCCGGAUCCAGCGGACGCGCAUCGAGGCGGCUGAGAAGGACAUGGCUACGCAGUUGGCCUCGAUGCAGGACGCGGCGCAGGCCGAGGCCUACUACCGCACAAAGUACACCAGCCAGCAGCUGUACGCGUGGAUGGAGAAGGAGCUGCGAGGCCUGUAUUUCCAGGCGUACACGCUGGCGGCCGCGGCUGCGCAGCAGGCCGUUGCGGCCCUGAGCUUCGAGCAAGGCCGGCCGAUCUCGAUGCUGAGGCCGGUGGGCUACUGGGACGCUUCGAGAGAUGGUCUGCUCGCCGCCGAUAAUCUGUACAUGGACCUCAAACGCCUCGAAGCGAUACAUCUCGAGGGCACCAAGCCCGACUUCGAGAUCACCAAGACUAUCUCGCUGCGGCAGCUCGACCCCUUGGCACUGCUCCGGCUGCGCAUCACGGGAAUCGCCGAGUUCUCCGUCCCCGAGGUCCAGUACGACAUGGACUUCCCCGGCCACUACAUGCGGCGCAUCCGCUCCGUGGCUGUCUCGAUUCCGGCCGUCAUCACCCCGACGACCGGGUUCAACGCAACGCUCACGCUCACCAAGCACCAGUACCGCGUCAGCCCUUCUGCAGGCGCCGGAACAGCCAAGGACUACCUUGCUCCCGCGGCCGAUGCCUUCCGGAGCGACGGCGUGCCGGUGUCUUCGGUAGCCAUAAGCUCUGGCGCCAACGACGCCGGCGUCUUCGAGCUCAACUACGCCAGCAACGGCAGAUACAUGCCCUUCGAGGGUGCGGGCGCCGUCUCGUCGUGGCGGCUGCGGCUGCCCUCCGAGGUGCGCAGGUUCGACUACGAGUCCAUCAGCGACGUGCUGCUCCACGUGCAGUACACGUCGCUCGACGGCGGCGAGCUGCUGCGGUCGGCGGCCGAGGGCGCCGUGCGCGCUGUGGCGGCCGGGGUCGAGGAGCAGGGACGGGCGCGCGGCUUCUUUGCCAUGUUUGAUCUCCGCAACGACUUUGUGAAUGCUUGGCACGCCUUCCAGACGAGUAUGCUUGCAUCGAACAAGGCGGAGACCAAGGCCAAGGGCACGUUGCAACUUGGUGGUGGUGGCAGUGGUGGCGCCGACAAAGGGGGCUUGAAAGGCCGCCUUCCCUUCUGGUCGAGAAGCCAGCCUAAGCUCGUGGUCAAGACGAUCAUCUUGGCUUGCCGAGACGCCAAGCUCGUACGCGGUCUCUCCAUGCCCGAGGUGAUGGGCGAAAAGCCUCUCGUCGACGAAAGCCGGAUUGGGACUGGCAAGGCUUCUGUCAUUAUCAGGACUUUUGGAGAUCUGUCGGUGGAUAAUCUGGAUGGCUGGACCCUCGAGGCGAGUGGCGUGCCGCUUGGGGACAAGGUGGACCGUCUCGACAACAUCUAUAUGUUGAUUGAGUAUGUAUUCGGAUGA